GCUCAGGACUAACCCAAGACAAGACGUUUCCUUGAAGCAUUUGUCUUCCUUAAAAGCUGUGGCGUCUUUAUCAUCACCCUCAGCUCUACCCAGACCAUUUCUGAGCGGUCCCCGCUAGAGCGAGCGCCUACCACGUGAGGUAGAAAGGCACACCGGCGGCUCUUCAGUUGUUACCCCAGUUUGUUGACGAGAACUGAGUGGGUCGAGCUCCGUAGAAAAAGUUGUCCCACCUCGAGAACACCGUACUCACCCAGUCCCCCCGCCCGGCAGCGCGUGCCCGUCCCUCCCGUGUGCCAUGCGGCGGGCGCCGCGGGGAUGAGACAGCGGACCGCCGGCGGGUAGGAGCGGUAUGAGGGGUAGGGAGGCAGCGGGCCGGGCCUUGCUGGCGCUCGGGCUGGGGCUGCUCCUCCUCCGCGGACACGCGUCGCUCUUCUCGGAGUGGGAGGAAGAGGGGGACGAGGAGGAGGGAGGUCGCGCUAACGACCCAUGUAGCUCAGACAAUGUUGUGAUUGAAGGAGACAUAGCCAUCAGUCCUGAAGAGUUCGUUCACUCCAGUAGUGACCACACCCCUCUCUGGAACGAGGAAAGCGACCGAGACACUUUUGACGGGAAAACUUUCUACAACGAUACGUUGGAUGCUGCGAAGAAGAAGAAAUCUGGAAAGAGGCGCCCCACGCGAGCCGUUAGCAGUCUUCCCGAGCGGCUUUGGCCAAAUGCGACAGUGCCAUAUACCAUCAGUGAGAAGUUUGAUUCGAACUUGAUCCGUCUGAUCCGCCAAGCCAUGGACCACUGGGAACAACACACCUGUAUCAGAUUUACUGAACACAGUGGAGAAAAGGACUAUAUCCACUUUGCCACCGGAAAGUGUGGAUGCUGCUCAUUUGUCGGCCGUCGUGGAAACGGUCGUCAGAAGGUCUCCAUCUCCCCCCACUGUGCGCUGUUCGGCGUGAUUGUCCACGAACUUGGUCAUGUGAUUGGCUUCUGGCAUGAGCACAGCAGGCCUGACAGAGACAAGUACAUCAAGAUUCUGAAAUCGAACAUUCGCAAGGAGAAGCACGAGAACUUUGACCGCAAGUCCGUGUACGAGAUUGACUCUCUGGGUCAGGAGUAUGACUACUACUCCAUCAUGCACUACCCCAAACAGACCUUCAGUAUGAACGGACGGGACACCAUCGUACCUCUACAAGACGGUGUGACUAUUGGACAGCGCGAGCGUCUGAGCCAGGGUGAUGUGAUCCAAGCCAGAGUGCUCUACAACUGUCCCAAGUCCAACUGCAAGCAGAACAUCACCUCCCACAAAGGCACGAUCAAGACCCCGCUCUUCCCAUACAACUACCCGAAGAGGGAGAACUGUGAUUGGACGGUGUGGGCGCCGCCCGGGCAUGGUAUCCGACUGGAGUUUGUGGAGUUCCAGCUGGAAGACUCCAGAAACUGUUCUUUUGACUACCUGGAAAUCUUCCAUGGGACAGACGACGGUGAAGCCAAGUUACAGGGUCGGUACUGCGGCCAUGCUGUCCCGACAGAGGUGUACAGUCUGGGUCCGUUUGUCCAGCUACACUUUCAGAGUGACGAGUCUGUGGUCGGCAGGGGGUUCAAGGUCAACUACACCGUGUAUGAACUUGAUCCCUUCUCAUUCCUGGAGUCAUCAGGACAGAUGUUACACAGUGGCAGUGGAGAUGACCCCAUGAUGAUGGAAAAGGAAAAAUAUCUACCAAGUUGUGGAGGUGUGCUAACAGCCAGGGAAGGGAACAUCACAUCCCCGGGGUACCCUUACAGCUACUACAACGACAUUCAGUGUGCAUGGAUCAUAAAAGGUUCGGAAGGUGAAUCCAUCUCUCUGACGUUCCAUGACAUUAACCUGGACUGUGACAGUGAGUUUAACUACGUCCAAGUCGAGGAGCUUUAUGUGAACAUCACUCAGUACGUCAGCUACCUGCUCAACCACAGUGAUAAUGGAAGCUACGCAGACUGUAACACAACAUGCUCGAUGGUGGUUGGUCGCUACUGCAAGGUGAUGCCGCACGUGAUCGUGACGGAGGUGGACCAGCUGCUGCUGACGUACUCGUCCAACUCCAACAACAUCGGCAGCUUCACGGGAUUCCACGCCUCCUACACAGUAGACCUGGAUGAGUGUGUACAGAACCAGAGCAGUUGUGGUCAGAUGUGCAUCAACAUGCAGCCGGGCUUCCGCUGUGACUGUGAGCGAGGCUACGCGCUAGCGGAGAACGGACGGGACUGCACGCCGAAGGAAAAACAAAUACUGACGGACCCAAACUCAGGCUCCUUCACCAGUCCAGGUUAUCCCAAUGGUUAUGCAGAGGACAUGUCCUGUGUGUGGAAAAUCAGUGUGCCAAGACAUCACAGAAUAAGGUUGAAGUUCAUUGACCUUGAUGUGGAGCCUACUGUGGACUGUGAGUACGAUUAUGUAGCAGUGCAUGAUGGGAGACAUCGUGGCUCUCCUGUGAUUGGUCAGUUCUGUGGACCGGAGCCCCCCAGGGCCAUAACUUCCACAGGGAGACAUUUGCUCAUUAUGUUCCUGACAGACAAGAGUAAGAACGGGCGCGGAUUCCGCGCAGAAUACACCACGAUACUCAAACACAGGGGCUCGCGCUCCCAGAGGUCCAGAUAUAGCGAAUUAUGAUAGAAUGUGGUGUAUAGUGACUCCACUUUUAAUUAUCAUAUGAUAUAAUAUGUAUAUUGGUAUCAAGGAUGGAGCUGUAGCAUGAUAACAUUAAAUCAUUGGGGUCAGAAUUUUUGGUGACACCCCAAAUUAUCAUUGGUAUAUGUCUGCAAUGUUCUUAAAGGUUCUCUUUGUAAGAUUGUUAGGAGUGGAAAGUUAAACACUGAUUCAGAACCAGAUAAGUGUAUGAUAUUGAAAAAGGGUUAAUUUUUAGCAGUUUUACUGAAAAAUUGUGGAAACGGUACAUUUUUUCCUUCAUUUUACAUCUGAACACAUGGUAAGGAUUAUGGCAUAUACUAGUAAUAUUUUUAUGGGUUAAAGUUACACUGAGUGAGGACAAGCUAUUGGAGGGUUUUCUUAUAGACUGAAGAAAUCAGAUUUUGACUUCAGCGAUUUUUCCAUUCAACAUUCAGUUUGUGGAAUUUAAUGUUAAUAAUGUUUUGAAUGCUGAGAUGAUUUAAGUAUUUUAAAAACUUCCCAAAUUGUAUGUAACUUCAAAUAUUGUAUCUUUUUUUGGCAUAUCUAUGACUAAAUUGAAAACCACAAUUAUUUUAAAACCAUCAUUUUUGUUUUUAAGCAUUGCCAAUCGUUUCAAGAAUUUGAAAAUUUUGCUAUAGACCCAACCUUGCCUUGAUAUAAUCUACAAAAAUGUAUCUAGGAUGUUAAUAUUUGUUGACAUUGUCUAUUGUAGGAGUUUUAAUGGCUAUACAAUGAAUCACCUUUAAUAUACAGACUAUAGUUAAAGUGUACUAGUUAGAAUUGCAAACUUUAGGCCACACCAAUUUAAUUUGUUAGUUCUUGGAUCUUUUAAGAAAAAUAUGAAGCGACA